UAAGCGGUGAAAGCAACAAAGACGCAGCCUGACCGAGAGAGGAGAGAGAUGGCAACUCCCAGCAAUGGCAGCUCGGACUCUUUUGUCAAGAUGCCAACCAUAAAGUUCACGAAGCUGUUCAUCGAUGGAGAAUUUGUUGACUCUGUUUCAGGAUGAUGAUGUAUGGAGGAACAUAUAUGUUAGCUAGAGUACUAUAGUAAUUGAAUUUAUCUGUGGGAAACUCUUCCAACCAAAAACAAAACAAAAACAGGAAAGACUUUCGAGACUAUAGAUCCAAGAACCGAGGAGGUGAUUGCGAGGGUGGCGGAAGGGGACAAGGAGGAUGUCAAUUUGGCCGUGGAGGCUGCGCGUGGAGCUUUCGAUCAUGGUCCAUGGCCCCGUUUGCCCGGCUCUAUAUUGAUUAGUCUUCGGAAAGAAGUCUUCUGGUGUCACGGGCGUGGUGGACACGGGAACGCAACUCCCCGAGCAAAGAUAUUAGAGGGAGAGAGAGAUUAUUUUUAGUCAAAGGAGAGAGGAAGGAUUAUGAUGAAAUUUGCAGAUUUGAUUGAUGAACAUGUAGAAGAAUUAGCUGCCUUGGAGACUAUUGAUGCUGGGAAAUUGUUUGGUCUAGCUAAGUUAGUAGACGUUCCUUCGGGAGCAAAAACCCUACGAUACUAUGCGGGUGCAGCUGAUAAAAUUCAUGGGGAGGUGUUGAAAAUGUCUCGAGAGUUUCAUGCUUAUACAUUGCGUGAGCCGAUUGGUGUCGUAGGACUCAUCAUUCCCUGGAACUUCCCAACUACCAUAUUAUUUAGCAAGGUUAGCCCUGCCUUAGCUGCCGGCUGCACUAUGGUCGUCAAGCCCGCCGAGCAAACACCCCUUUCAGCUCUUUACUAUGCUCAUCUGGCUAAGCUGGCCGGUAUCCCAAAUGGAGUUCUAAAUGUUAUCACGGGAUUUGGACCGACUGCUGGUGCUUCCAUUAGCUCUCAUAUGGACAUUGAUGGGGUCAGUUUCACUGGUUCCACGAAAAUAGGACGUGAAAUAAUGCAGGCUGCAGCAAAAAGCAAUUUAAAAGUGGUUUCACUUGAAUUGGGAGGCAAGUCACCCCUUGUAAUUUUUGACGAUGCUGAUGUAGAAAAAGCUGCUCAACUUGCUCUGUUGGGCAUUCUAUUUAAUAAGGGAGAAAUAUGUGUGGCAAGUUCUCGCGUUUUUGUUCAAGAAGGAAUUUACGAUGAAUUUGUGAAGAAGUUAGUGGAAAAGGCAAAAGAUUGGGUAGUUGGGGAUCCUUUUGAUCCUAAAGUAAAUCAGGGACCCCAGGUUGACAAGAAGCAGUUUGAAAAGAUCCUUUUCUAUAUAGAUCAUGGAAAGAGAGAAGGAGCAACCUUGUUAACCGGUGGUAAGCCCGUGGGGGGCAAGGGCUACUAUAUUGAGCCAACCAUUUUCACAGAUGUUAAGGAAGACAUGCUAAUAGUGAAAGAUGAAAUAUUUGGACCUGUGAUGGCUCUCAUGAAGUUCAAAACAAUUGAUGAGGCGAUUAAAAAGGCCAACAACACAAAAUAUGGACUUGCAGCAGGUAUCGUGACCAAGAACUUAGACGUGGCUAACACAGUGUCAAGAUCAAUCCGUGCCGGGGUCGUUUGGAUCAAUUGCUAUUUUGCUUUCGACAGAGACUGCCCUUAUGGAGGGUACAAGAUGAGUGGGUUUGGAAGAGAUAAUGGUUUAGAAGCCCUUCACAAGUAUCUUCAAGUUAAAUCAGUUGUGACACCCAUUUACAACUCUCCUUGGCUUUGAAUCAGUGUGGCUAAUUCGGUUUGGCAAAUGGCCAUAACACACAGCUUGCAGAUAAUCAAAAGAUUUUGAUUUUUUUUUUUUCCUAAUCUUUUUCGUGAUUGAAGAGAAACAUUGUGACUGCAAUAUAUAUGUGGAAGAAUAAAUUCAAGCAUAUUAUGGAUCGAUGCCUCGAUGCCUUACAGUACUGGCCGAUCCUAUAGGGUACGUAAUUUCAGUUUCUUGCAUGUGAAACUUGAUGGGUAGGAUAUUGUAUUAUAUCUUUGAAAUAAUGCAAACAUGAUCAAAUAAAAGAUUGCAGUACUUUAAUGAUUAUUAUUGAAGUACUCUUAAUUAUUAA